CACCGUUGCCGCCUAAUUCAUUUCAAGCGCUUAAUCUCAACUGUAUCAUCGGACAGCUCUUCAGAAAUCUCUACCAGACUCGCAUUUCUACGGUAUACGUGCCCGAUCUCUCAUCUCCGAUCUUCGAGAAAACUGAAGUUUCAUAGAGUUCUGCUCAUCAUUUGUUUCGAUUUAAGGAUUUCCGACCUCUAGUGUUUAAAUUUAGUUCAGAAAAGCUCAGGCUUGACCAACGUGAAGUCGUAUAUCUAGGGUUUCGAUGAAGUGUUAGCUUUGAUUUCGAAAUGAGUAAGCUCGUAGGACUAUCCGGCCUGAGUAGCCUGGAUCGAGUUAAAUCGCUAACUGCUUCCCGUUCCGGAGUUGCGCAUAGUUUGUCAAUUCCUGCGCGCGUCUCUUCCGACUCAGUUUCUGCGGGAAGCUUCGUGAAUUUGAAGCUAACAGCCGAGAAGUUGGUGAAGGAACAAGCUUCUGCCAGAACUGAUCUUCAAUUAGCUUACUCUAAGCUGAAGAAAUUGACAGAAGACAUCGGUGUUCUGGAAGAAAAAUUACAAAAUGCCUAUAAUGAAAAUGCCAAAUUAAAAGUGAAGCAAAAAGAAGAUGAGAAACUUUGGAAUGGACUGGAUUCUAAAUUCUCUUCAACAAAGACCUUGUGUGAUCAACUCACUGAGACUUUGCAACACUUGGCUGGUCAAGUUCAAGAAGCGGAGAAAAAUAAAGCAUUUUUUGAAGAUAAACUAUCUGCAUCAUCAGUUGCUGUUGAUAAUUUGCAUGACCAAAUGAAGGCCCUGUCACUGAGGGUGGAAUCUUUAGAAGAGACUAUCAGAAAUUGUGGGAAGGAGCUGAAGGAACUUGGCGUUGAGAAGGAGAAAAUGGAGGAAUAUUUCAGGGAUGAACACAAUAAAGCCACCGGUAUAAUUGCCGAAAAAGAUGCUAUAAUCCAGAAACUUGAAGCAACAGCAAAAUCUGAUGGAUUGGAAAUGGAGACUUUGAAGUCUAAAUUGGAAGAGUUGAAUCUUGAAUCAAGACUGAAAGGAGAUGAGUUGAGAAAUUUGAGCAACAUCUCACAGAAUUUAGAGAAAGAGAAGUGUGAACUUAUAUCUAGCAACAAAGAUGUUGCUGACAGAUUAGAAAUGGCACUUCAGGAAGUAAAGAACCUUCGUGAUUUUGUCAAUUUUCUGGCUAUGAAACUCACUGAAUUGGAUAAUCAAAGUCGAACCUUUUCAGAGAAGGUCAUUCAUCUUAAUGCUUUAUUUGACAAUUGGUUUAAGAUGAUCCAUGAAGAGAAAGAACUUGCUGCUCAACAUGCUGGAAACAAAUUUGACCUGCUCCACAAUCAGUAUACAUGUAUUGUUUCAGAGAGAAAUUCUCUACAAUUGUCUAAUCAGGACUUAAACAAUAAGGUCAUUUCACUUCAGAAAGAUCAAGAAUGUGCAAUGGUGCAGCAUGCAGAAGAAUGUCAUUUAGCAGAAGAAAAAAUUAGGAAUUUAGAAUCUGAAAUAGAAAACCUUUGCUCUAAGAAAAUGGAAUUGGAUGUGCUGGUUACUAAGUUGCGGGGGGAUAUUGAAACUUUAUCAGAAAAUUCAAAACUAUCUGAUAAGAACAUGCAAGAGGUGCUAUCAAAGCUUGCUCAAGUAGAAAUUGAGAACAAGGAUUUCACAGACAAGCAACAGUUGGAUCUAAUGAAAAAAGAUGACGAAAUUAAUCAUUUGCAGAAGGAAAUUCAGAAAUAUGAAGAAUGUCAGGGAUCACUGGACAACCAAAUCAAUCAGAUCACAAAUGCACUAGAGGAGAAAGAUCGACAUCUUUUGGAACUUGAGAACAGGGAGAAAGAGUUGGGAGAUCAAAAGGCUGAGAUUCAAGAAUCUUUGAUUGACACCGAAAGCAGACUUACAGAAGCUAAGAAGCAGUAUGAACUGAUGUUAGAAAGUAAGCAACUAGAGCUUUCAAGGCAUUUAAAGGAUAUAUCUCAAAAAAAUGAUCAGGCCAUUAAUGAAAUACGGAAGAAGUAUGAGAAGGAGAAGGUGGAGAGUAUCAACCUUGAGAAGGAAAAGGCUGACAAACUUGUUGGAGAGAUGAAAAAGAAAUGUGAGCAGCAGCUUGUGGAAUGCAAAGAAGAAUCUAGGCAGUACUUGCUGCGUGUACGAGAAGAACAUGCUGUUCUUGUUAGUCGCAUUCAACAAGAACAUGACAAGACGGAAAUGAAUCUUUUAUCCUGUCACAAAGAUGAGAUAAGACGCAUUCAACUUCAGGCCGAAAAUGAAUUGAGAGAAAAAAUAAUAUCACUUAGGAAUGAACAUGAUGGUCAGUUAAGCGCUUUGAAGUGUAAGCAUGAGGAUGAGUGUCGAAGACUGCAGGAGGAAUUGGAUAUUCAGAAAUCUAAAGAGGAGAAGCAAAGAGCUUUAUUGCAGAUGCAGUGGAAAGUAAUGAGUGAGAAUUUGGGAGAAGACCAAGAAGUAACUUCAAGGAAGAACUAUUCUGUUUCAUCAGCAAAGAAAAAACAUUCUGAAAAUGGAAAAUGGGACCAUCAUGCAGUAGACCAAGAAGUACAGGAGAAGGAUUCCACUUGUUUGAGAGCAAAUGGAACACCAGUGUCAAACUUGCUUAGGAAAGUGGACAAGGUUAAUACAGGAAGUGUUAUGAGUCUUCCUAAGCAUAGUAGGAAGGUUACUCAUCAUGAAUAUGAAGUUGAGACAAAAAAUGAUGGAACAGUUACCAAAAGGAGGAGAACAAAGAGCACAGUCAUGUUUGGGGCACAUAAUCAGGAGAUGAGGAAGCCAAAGAAGAAAGAGACUCCAAAAGCCAAUACUCCAAGACAUGCUUUAAAGGGAACUAAGGAUACAGUUCCUCGUACAAAACCUGCCAAUAUAGGUGACUUGUUCUCUGAAGGAUCUUUGAAUCCAUACGCAGAUGAUCCAUAUGCAUUUGAUUAGAGGUGCAGAAAAUGUGGACUUCUUGUUCAACGUUCUGGCCUGCUCAUUCUAUCUGAGAAAAUAUCUGCGUGUAUUCUUUUGUAUUGUGACGAGCAGCCAUUUGUGCACAUUUUGAAACUGAUGCUUGAAAAUGUACAAAAAGAACCAAUCAGAAAAACGCAGGAGGGAGGUUGUUGUACAUAUACAGAAUCAGACAAUUACAGUCUAUAGUUUGUACAAAAACUCUUGCUAUGGAAGAAAGGCAGACAUACUGAUCA